CAAGGCCAAAGAGCUUCGUAGUUAUGGAGCAACCACCAUACACUGAAGAUAACCUGAACACCACCACUACCAUCUCUCCACAGGCUAGAAUCAACCAGACUUCCGAUGCUCCUCGAGGCGGUACGCGACAUCCAGUGUACCACGGCGUCAGGAAACGGCAGUGGGGCAAAUGGGUGUCUGAAAUUCGAGAACCUCGCAAAAAGUCACGCAUUUGGCUAGGCUCGUUUCCUGUCCCUGAAAUGGCUGCCAAGGCAUAUGACGUCGCCGCCUAUUGUCUUAAAGGUUGUAAAGCGCAGCUUAAUUUUCCUGACGGGGUAGAUGACUUGCCCCGGCCAUCGUCGUGCACGCCCAAGGAUAUUCAAGCAGCAGCAGCUAAGGCAGCACAGUCAAUGAUUGUAGAGGAAAAGAGCAGCUCCAGCACAACAAAUAGCGACGGAGACGGCGAACGGGAUAUCGAUGAUUUUUGGAGUGAGAUUGAAUUGCCAGAAUUAACGAAUUGUGGGUUCAAUUGGAGUUCUCUUGCAUGGACGACUUUCGCCAGCGAUUCCACGUGGCAGGAUGGUGAGGCUCAACAGCAGUUCAUGGCAUGUCUGUAACGUGGCAGUGUUGAAGUUUAUUAACGUGCAUGUCUAGGCUUGUAAAUCUCCGUGUCUCUCUCUACUCUAUCUGCAAGUUCUAUUACACAGUACUCGCAUAUGUAUUUUGCAGCAAUAUUCAUAUUAUAGUAUUUAAAGUUUUGAAACGCAUCCGUUUUGAUCUUAUCAAAAUGAGGCUAUUCUGAGAUAAGUACUAUAUAGGGAAAUUAUAUAUGAUAAUUAGUGUUAAUUAAUGGAAAAUUAUAUUCUGGAA